AGCUUCGAUGCGUUCGGUUCGCUAUUCCCGAUUCCGCGUGAUUCUGAAGACCCGGUUUGGUGCAAUUUAAACUCGUAACGUCUGCGCACUUAACGACCCAAAAAUACGACAUUCGGAGUGCUAACUGAUCGGGUUUUUUGGCCAACACAUAAUUGUGAGAAUUUAAAAACUUCCUGUGAAUCAUUCUUUGGAUUUACGCAUUUGGAUUUGAACCACAUACACACUUUGGCGAAUUAAAGAUCCACGAACAGCUCUAUCACGUGCCGAAGCCACAAGUUGUUGAUAAGUCACUGGGCAAACAACAAAUACCCGACCCGAAGACCCAAGAAAACCCGCCGAGAAACAGAAACAAACAAACUCAAAACUCAAAACACAAAACUCUGGGUUGGCAUUUCAUUUGCCUGGAUCGCGUUACGUGGUGCGGUUGGUGUUUCGUCUGUUCGUCUGCCCGCCAAAAAGAAAGUCACGACAGAAACGAGAUUUCCAAGAUUCUGCAACGAAAGUCAAAGUUACAAGUUUACUCCAAAUUCGAGUCUUCGGCCCGGUUCAACGUCUUGCCACUUUCGGGUCUCCAGCUUUUCGGUGUCUCGGUGUCUCCCCGUGUGUGCCACUUUAGAAAGUGAAAAUCGAGUGCAGUCCGCUACUUUGUCUGAAUCGGAAUCCAUCGGCGGCCUUUGGGCGCUGCAGUUGAAAGUGAAUUUGAUUUAGGCUGCAAGUGAUUUUCGAUUUUCGGGUUUCGGCUUUCGUCUUGCGGGCGCUCAAUUCAUCAUUAUCGAUCAGUAGCCCGGAGUUUUGGCUACUUGAAUCCACUUCACAUCCAGCGGCAGGAGGGCCCGACCAAUAAGUGCAGCUACAAUGGAGGCCGAGGAAGUUACAAAACUCGUCGAUGGCGUAUACAGGAACAUACUCGAUAGAUUCAAUCCGGGUGCCAGGCAACUGAUCGCGGCGGGCAAAAGUUACCUCAAGGCGUUGCACGGUGCCGCAACCGCCUCGCGUCUAUUCAAUGAAGCAUUGGCCAAGAUUGCGAUGAACGCCCAGCAAAGCGGAACGGGCGAUAUUGGUUCGGCUUUGAUGAGCGUUGUAAAUGUCAACAAGGAGAUACAGGAACAGCAGAUGAAUAUUCUGAAAGCCUUCUACGUGGAUCUAUUGGUGCCAUUGGAGACAAAUCUGGAGAAGGACACGAAGGUGGUGCAGCAUGAGCAGAAGAAGUUCCUGCAGCAGCACAAGGUGCGGAUGGAGAGCUACCAGAAGGCCGUCUCCACGAUGAAGAAGCAGCGCAAGAAAAAGGCCACUCCCGAGAAUACCGAAAAGGAGCUAAGGAGCCUCCAAUUGCUCGAGGAUCAGAAGAAGAAGCUGGAUGUGUUCUGCGAUCAGAGCUACAAGAAUGCCAUGACACAGGAGCGCCGACGAUAUGGAUUCGUCUUGGAGCGCCAGUGCUCGAUCGCCAAGCACUGGAUGGCCUACCACACCACCGGCAAGACGGUAAUUGAUAAUAAUUUCGAAAAUUGGCAAGAGAUUGCCGCUUCUCGUGAGAUCAUUCCCCCGGCCGCGUACGAAAGUGGAUACAGCAGCAGCAACGGCCACAACAACAACAACAACAGCGGCAACAUGCGACGCCUGGAGCGGAUUAAGGACGGCGAGGAUGAUCACCUUCAGAAUCACGGAGCCCAGCUGAAGAAGUCGCGCAGCAUCGACGCGCCCUAUGGUGAUAUGCGUACCCUUCACGAGCGGGAGAACGUUUCCGGAAUGGGAGUUACUGGGGCAUCGCACUAUGCCCAAAACUCGCUGCCACGUGCCAAAUCCGACUUCAAUCUGGCUUUAGUUGGCACUGGCCAUAGCUCAGGCAACAAACACAAGAUCAUCGAGGAGCAGCUGACCACCUUGGGCGACGAUCAGCGCGGCGAUCAGCGUCCUCUGGUAAAGGCCCUCUACGCCUACAUGCCCUCCGGGGAGAACCAGUUGUCCUUCGAGGAGGGCGACCGCAUCGCCUUGGUGGGCGGCAAGGCCAAGGGCUGGCAGUUCGGCGAGAAUCUGCGGACGCAGCACUUUGGCUGGUUUCCGGUGGCCUACACCAAUGCGGAUGUCGCGGAGGCAACCACUUCCGGUGGCCGGCGAUACGAGAACAUGCUGAUGAGCUACGAGCGGAAUGGAGGCGGUUCGGGAUCCGGAUCCGGUGGAGGCGGUCUGCGAAGCUACCAGCAGCAGCAGGAUUACGAGGCGCAGCUGGAGCUGAUGGAGAACCAUGAGGCCACGUACCGGCGGCGAAGGAACCACAGUGCCGAGGAGUCCUCGCCCACGAGGAUGUUCGGCGACACGAUCAAGCAGCAGAAGAAGUAUCGGCCCGGAUCCGGAGCCAAUCCACGUCCUGGUCCGCCGCCCACACUGCCGGCUCCGGUGCCCAAUGGCCAGCAGAGUCAGGCCUCCAGGAUGCUGAACAGCUCGCAGAGCUUCUGCGCCACCAACGGAGGAGUCACCGGGGCGGUGGAGCGACGCAAGCAAAAGCUGCUAAAUGGAGUACAGAGCUCCAAGAGUCAUGCCUCGGGCAAGUCCGGAGUGGCUGCCAAGACCUCGCUGCACAGCAGCAAUGACAGUGGAUUCGCCAACGAGCCACCACCACAGCCGGAAGUGGAUUAUUCUGAUGAGGAGCCAGCCACACAACGAGUGCCCAUUCGACGCCGGGCGGACACCAAUUCGCACACCAACACGGUGCCGCGGGAUGUGGCCUCGUGGACGUUGAACCGGAACUUCCGGAACAGCGUCGACAGCCAGAUCGACGACAAGAGCCUCCAUCGGCUGAGUCGCCAGAGCGGCGGAGGAGUGGGUAAGAUGCGGUACGACCUGAUAGCCUCCGACGAUGAGAUCCUGCAGGCCUCCAGUGCCGGUCUAAAGCGAACCAAAUCCUUCUGGAAAUUCGGCGGCGGUCGCAGCGGCGAGGAUAUACUGGCCGGCAUGUCCUUGUGGCAACAUCGCGAUCUGGUGGCUGCUCCGAAUCUCGAGGAGAUGCGCGAUCGCGAGGAGGUGGAGCGGCGUUCGGAGGAUGAUCGCAAUGGAACGUUGACCAAGUCGCACAACUCGAGUUCCUCGCAGGAGAAGCGCGAACGGAAGGAUAGCCUGACCAGCACGGAGCUAUACGGAGAUGAGGAUGAGAAUAUCUACGGGGUGAGUCCACAGCAGCCACCUCAACAGCAGCAGCAGCAGCAGCAACACCAGCAGCAUCAAAGGAGCAGCUAUACUCCCAAGUCCCGCAUGAAGAUCAUGAAGACCAUUGAGAUUGACAUUGAGGAGCCCACGGAGGCGGAGCGAAUGAGCACCAUGCGACGUGGUCAGUCGCAGGAUCACAGGAAGCUGGACAAGCAGGUGUCCGGCACAGGAUCCCAGCACAAAUCGCAGACCUUGAGCCGCUCGAAGACCAGCCAGCAGCAGCAGCAGCAGUUUCCACAGUCCACCGAUGAGGGCGAAAGCGAUGAUCAUGGAACGCUGAAGCUCAGCGAUGUGAACAACUUCUUCGAGGACUCCGGCAAGAGCAACAGUCAUGGCCAUGGACUGGUCAUGAAGACGGUGAAGCGACAGGACAUACUCAAGCAGUACUACACCAGCGAGGACGAGGAGGAGUCCGAUGCGGAGCUCAAGUCGACCAGUUCCGAUCCCUACGACUGCAUCGUGAUUAAUGACCACUUGGUGCGCAAGGACGACAAGUUGCGCCGGCACCAUCAGCAGCAGCAGCAUCAGCAGAUGGAGUUCCACACCUUCCGGUCCUCCACAUCGACGACGGCUACCAAUACGCUGAAGAAGGGCUCCUCCUCGAAGGAUCAGGACAGCACCCUGACCCGCAAUUCGACGGCCAGUUCGGGGGCUCCGACGGCCACCAUCCUGCCGCGAACACGCCUCCUCAAGUCCUCCAACUCCAACUCAAACUCCGCCAUUGCCAGCAGUGCCACCUUGGAGCGGAAUUCCAAGAGUCUGGCCGGGAACAAGAGCUACGGGCCGUGGUACGACUUCUGGGAUCAGGAACAGCAUGGUCAGAAGUCGGCGAGUGCCAAACUGAAGUAGGGGAGUACGGAAAAAUCCAAGAAUUUCGCCGUCUUCUUACCGGAUAAGAAAAUGAGCAGAGAGAGAGAGAGUGGAAGGAGAUUGCAGCUGGAGAAUGGAGGUGUUUGAAGUAAU